UGCAAACCAUUUUCGUCGUUGAUCUAUCAGUCCUUGCACCUUGGCCCCAGCGUCCGGAGCACCUGCACCGCAAGCCGCACUCUAAUUCGGAUGGACGCUAUCAAGUACGACUCCGAAAGUAACGUUGACAACAAAAUACAGGAUGGCGAAUCUAACCAACCGAGAUCUCAUUCACAAUUGCGACUCUUUUCCAAACAGGGUCAGCCAGCCUGUUGCCUACGCCGAGCUCCUCGAGUCCUACGUUUUGUUCCAGCAUGAAGGAAAGACGCUGGGAUAUCUGCUGCCAAAGGUCGUAGAGGCAUUGCGCGAGUUACCAGAUGAUUGGCACAUCACGGGAUCCGCUGCAAGUCUUGCGUCAAAGCAUGAUACCUUCGAGAAGAGAUCAGAGGCACUCAAGAGGACGGUGGAAAAGUGGAGAGAUGAACAAAGGUUCGCAAUCUUGAAAGGCUGGAGAAAUGAGCUUUACCCAUGUUACGCCGGCCCCAAAAAUGUGGUCUUUGUCAUGGAGCGAUCAGCCUGCUGUCUCUUCGGUCUCGUCACGUACGGUAUUCACAUGAACGGGUACAUCCCCGCAACGGACUCUGCACCUCUUCGAAUGUGGGUUCCGCGGAGAUCACCGCACAAGCAGACGUACGGCGGGAUGUUGGACAAUACGGUAGCAGGUGGUAUUUCAUACCCCAUGACGCCAUACGACACUUUGGUGAAGGAAGCGGAGGAGGAAGCGAGUCUUCCGGCUGAGUUGGUGAAGAAGAACACUAAGGCUGCAGGUGUUGCGACGUACUUCUAUAUCAGCUGUUCGAAACAAGGAGGGGAGGGCGGUUGGUUGCAGCCGGAGGUGCAGUAUAUUUACGACAUGGUCAUUCCUGAGGGUACGGUACCAAAACCGAACGACAACGAGGUGGAGUCCUUUGAGCUCUUGACUGUAGAAGAGGUGAAGAAGGCUCUUGCUGCUGGUGAAUUCAAGCCUAAUUGCGCUCUUGUCAUGAUCGACUUUUUCGUCCGCCAUGGCAUCUUGACUGUAGACAAUGAACCCAACUUCAUUGAGAUCUGCGCAAGAUUACACAGGACCCUCGAGUUUCCUCUACCAUAGAUAUACCAAGACCAGCUCAGUCAUACCUAGGCAUAAUAUCUAGACGCUAAAUGUCAAAAGCAAAACGCCGUCCUGUUACUCCUCCUCGUCCAUUGGCCGCCGUAUUCUGUCCAUCUCGAUUGCUUCGGAUCCACCAAACCCCAUCGUGUGCGGACCAACCCAUCUGUAGGCUUCUGAGCCCAUUGUACGUUCGUUUGCGUCUGUUUCGACGGCGGUGUAUGCUUGUCGGAGGGAAUCACCGAGACAGGAUGAUAGUGCGAGCCAUACGAGUAAUGAGAUUGGAACGGAUAUAAGGAGUACCAGAAGAAAAAGAUUCAUGGCAAUAAUUUCUCGAAGGUCGGGUUUUCGAAGGUAGACGUC